AUGAAAAUCAACUUCCCAAAAGAAUUUAAGGUAUAAAUUGUUCUUAAUAAUGAUAUCUUAAAUGAAUUGGAAGCUGAAAGACCUUCCUUAGAAAUGAUUGAUAAAUAUAGAAAUUUAUUUGAAAGCAAUAAAAUUAAACUAAAAGUAUCAAUGGUUAUUGAAAAAAGAGGUCCUGGUAGACCUCCAAAAUAAAAAUCUCCAAUUAUUGAAGAAUCAAUUGAUGAUGAUAUUUCUAAUGGUGAAGAUGAUGUACCUGAUGAUGAUUUUGAAGAAGAAAUGGAUCUUGAAAAUGAUAUCAAUUUAUCUGUCUCUUCCAAAGAUAAGAAAUAUACUAAACGAUAAAUGCAUAUGUAUAGUAUGGGAAAUCUAGAUGAAAAUGAAUUCUUAUAACUACCUACUAAAAAAAAUAAAUCCAAAAAAGAUUUAGCUUUUACAGAAGAAGAAAUGAUCUCCAAAAGUCUUAAAGAAUUAUAAAGAAAAGAAAAAAUAUAAAAAUAAUAAGAAGAACAAAAAUAAAUGACAGUUGAUAAGAUCUUAAAUGAAAUUGGUAGAAAAUAAAAAUAAAGAUAAUAAUAAGAAGACAAAAAAACAGAAGAUACUCAUAAAUAUAGAUCUCUACCUCCUGAUGAUAUUAAAAUCAAAUAUAAAUCAAAUAGAGAUGGUACAUUUAUCUUUAUGCCAAAAAAUAUAAAUUCAUAAUAUCCUAAUCCAUCAAAAAUGAUAAUAGAGGAUGAUAAAUAUUGUUCGAACUGCUCUAAUAUAGCAAAAUAUCGUAUUCCGAAAAUGCAAUAAAAAGCCUGUAGUCUUGAAUGUUAUAAAUUAAUAAAACAAUAAUGA